UGCUGCCCGCAGGAGGCAGGACGCGCAGGGGUGGGACCGGCCACCCAGCCCCUCUCCCGGCCCCGGGCGCGCGGGAACCCCGGGUCCUGCAGCCUCCCGAGUGCGGAGAGGCGGGGCCGCCCGCUGCCGCCCAGCUGCCUGCGCCCCCUCCCGCGGCCCCGGCUCCGGGAGCGGGGCGCCCGGCGCACGGGCACACGGCGGCCAGAGCGCCGAGGCGGUACCUUCAGCCUGCAAUGAGAGGAGCCCGGGAGAGCCCCCGGGAGCCAGCGAAGAGCGUGGCUGCUGCGUCCAGGGCUGCUGCUGCCGCUGCCGCUGCGGCUGCUUGAAACUCCUCAAAGUUGAGAGCCGGCGAGAGGCUGCCGCCAGCCGGGAGCCGGAGGGAAAGGAAGUCGGAAGGUGCAAGAGUGACGGACACGGACAGACGGACGCGCAGACCUUCGGAAGGCACCGCGUAGGCAGCCUCCCCGGAGCCCGCGAGGCUCCCCAGCUCCGUUCACUGGUGGGAGUCUGAGCCGGUGGAAAAGACACCGGGAAGAGACUCAGAGGCGACCAUAAUGUCGUUACGUGUACACACUCUGCCCACCCUGCUUGGAGCCGUCAGACCGGGCUGCAGGGAGCUGCUGUGUUUGCUGAUGAUCACAGUGACUGUGGGCCCUGGCGCCUCUGGAGUGUGCCCCACCGCUUGCAUCUGUGCCACUGACAUCGUCAGCUGCACCAACAAAAACCUGUCCAAGGUGCCUGGGAACCUUUUCAGACUGAUUAAGAGACUGGACCUGAGUUAUAACAGAAUUGGGCUUCUGGAUUCUGAGUGGAUUCCAGUAUCAUUUGCAAAGCUGAACACCCUAAUUCUUCGUCAUAACAACAUCACCAGCAUUUCCACGGGCAGUUUUUCCACAACUCCAAAUUUGAAGUGUCUUGACUUAUCGUCCAAUAAGCUGAAGACAGUGAAAAAUGCUGUAUUCCAAGAGUUGAAGGUUCUGGAAGUGCUUCUGCUUUACAACAAUCACAUAUCCUAUCUCGAUCCUUCAGCAUUUGGAGGGCUGUCCCAGUUGCAGAAACUCUACUUAAGUGGAAAUUUUCUCACACAGUUUCCAAUGGAUUUGUAUGUUGGAAGGUUCAAGCUGCCAGAACUGAUGUUUUUAGAUGUUUCUUAUAACCGAAUUCCUUCCAUGCCAAUGCACCAUAUAAAUUUAGUGCCAGGAAAACAACUGAGAGGUAUCUACCUUCAUGGAAACCCAUUUGUCUGUGACUGUUCCCUGUAUUCCUUGCUGGUCUUUUGGUAUCGUAGGCACUUUAGCUCAGUGAUGGAUUUUAAGAACGAUUACACCUGUCGCCUGUGGUCUGACUCCAGGCACUCGCGUCAGGUACUUCUGCUCCAGGAUAGCUUUAUGAAUUGCUCUGACAGCAUCAUCAAUGGUUCCUUUCGUGCGCUUGGCUUUAUUCAUGAGGCUCAGGUCGGGGAAAGACUGAUUGUCCACUGUGACAGCAAGACGGGUAAUGCAAAUACCGAUUUCAUCUGGAUGGGUCCAGAUAACAGACUGCUAGAGCCAGAUAAAGAGAUGGAAAACUUUCACGUGUUUCACAAUGGAAGUCUGGUUAUAGAAAGCCCUCGUUUUGAGGAUGCUGGAGUGUAUUCUUGUAUCGCAAUGAAUAAGCAACGCCUGUUAAAUGAAACUGUGGACGUCACAAUAAAUGUGAGCAAUUUCACUGUAAGCAGAUCCCAUGCUCAUGAGGCAUUUAACACAGCUUUUACCACUCUUGCUGCUUGCGUGGCCAGUAUCGUUUUGGUACUUUUGUACCUCUAUCUGACUCCAUGUCCCUGCAAGUGUAAAACCAAGAGACAGAAAAAUAUGCUACACCAAAGCAAUGCCCAUUCAUCGAUUCUCAGUCCUGGCCCUGCUGGUGAUGCCUCCGCUGAUGAACGGAAGGCAGGUGCAGGUAAAAGAGUGGUGUUUUUGGAACCCCUGAAGGAUACUGCAGCAGGUCAGAACGGGAAAGUCAGGCUCUUUCCCAGCGAGGCAGUGAUAGCUGAGGGCAUCCUAAAGUCCACGAGGGGGAAAUCUGACUCAGAUUCAGUCAAUUCAGUGUUUUCUGACACACCUUUUGUGGCGUCCACUUAAUUUGUGCCUAUAUUUGUAUGAUGUCAUAAUUUAAUAUCUCUUCAUAUUUAACUUUGUGUGUGGUCUGCAAAAUAAACAACAGGACAGAAAUUGUGUUGUUUUGUUCUUUGAAAUACAACCAAAUGGUCUCUUAAAAUGAUUGGUAGGAAAUGAGGUAAAGCACUUUAGUUCCUCAGUCUGCCAGAGAAAGAUGGGGUUGUUUUCCAAAGUUUAAGUUCUAGAUAACAAUAUCUUAGUCUUUAGCACUACUGAUAAUUUCAGAGCAGGCCCAGAUGUGAUAUGACUCCCAUUGUCCCUUUAUUUAGGAUAUUGAAAGAAAAAAUAAACUUUAUGUAUUAGUGUCCUUUAAAAAUAGACUUUGCUAACUUACUAGUACCAAAGUUGAGUUAUUUUAAAGAAAAACACUAGUGUUCAAUUUCAUUUUUAAAAGAUGUAGAAAGAAGCAUCAAGCAUCAAUUAUAAAGCCUAAAGCAAAGUUAGAUUUGGGGAUUAUUCAGCCAAAAUUACCAUUUCAGACCACAAUGAAUAGACUACACUGAUAAAAUGUACUGGAUAAUGCCAUAUCCUAUAUGAUGUUAUAGAAAUAGUGCAAGGAAAGUACAUUUGUUCGCCUGUCUUUUCAUUUUGUACAUUCUUUCCAUUCUGUAUCCUUGUACAAAAGAUCUCAUUGAAAAUUUAAAGUCAUCAUAAUUUGUUGCCAUAAAUAUGUAAGUGUCAGUACCAAAAUGUCUGAGUGACUUCUUAAAUCCCUGUUCUAGCAAACUAAUAUUGGUUCAUGUGGCUUGUGUAUAUGUAAAUCUUAAAUUAUGUGAACUAUUAAAUAGACACUACUGUACUGUGCUUUGGACAUUUGAAUUAAUGUAAAUAUAUGUAAUCUGUGACUUGAUGUUUUGUUUUAUUUGGCUAUUUAAAAACAAAUCUAAAGUGUUUUAUGUUAUCAGAUUAUGUUAUUUUGUAUAAAGCACCACCGAUAGCAAA